GCAGCGCUGCCAGGCUUGUCGCCCCCGGGGCGCGCGACGGUGCUCACCGUCGAGAGGUGCGCCGAGGAGUGGUGGCGAGCCUCGGACGUGCGCCAACGAAACGAGCGCGUCCUCAGCCUCCCCGAGCUUCGCGGAGCGCACGAGGCGGCGGCGGCUAGCUUCGACAGGAAGCUCGGCGAGGCAGGCCCCGCGGGGGCCAUGCUCCGCAGUCUCCACUGGGCGGGGUGGACUUCCCCUUCAGCGACCUCUUUCAGGUCUCCCAGCGCGGGGGUGAUCAGCGCGCUGGAGACCUCGCCCAGACAGCUAGGCCGCAUUUUCAAGCUCGACGCGCUGGCGCAGAUCGAGCUGCGGGCCGACGAGGCUAUCAGGCGCCGUUUCAACCUCGGCGCGGACUUCGGUGGCAUUUGGUGGGAGGGAGCCCAGGCGGCCCUCAAGGGGAGCUACUGCAGCGCCUUGGAACGCCACGUGAUCGUCUCGUUGCUGGGCGGCACGUACUUGACGGGCGAGCGGGCCCGCGACCUUAGCUACCUUGUGGACGGCUCGUGCGCGGCCUGCGGGGUGCCAGACACCGUCGCCCAUCGCGUCGGAUGCUGCCCGCACUUCGCGGCGGGCCGCGCGGCGGAGACUGGCUGGCAUGGCGAUCUUGAGGCUGGCCGCUCGCUCUGUGACACGGUUUUGCUGGACCUGUGCCUGCCUUCGCCUCCGCCGCGGCUGCCAGAGCCGCCUCGUGGAGAAAUGCGCGCUUUCAUCGGGGAGCGCGAGGUGCCAGUCAAAGACUUUGUUGUUGUGCCAGGCGAGAAGAUAGCGGGAGAUGGGUCUUGCUCCACCUCUCCUCUCACCUCCCUCGUGCGGGCGGGUUGGGGCGUCGUCCAGUGGGAUGCUGUGCAGGGCGUCCUGCGCAUGAUCAUCGGCUCGAUCCAUGCCGGGAUGCCGCAGUCCGCCGACCAGGCCUACGCAGGCCUGGUUAAACAAAAAUCCCACGUGCACGUCGUCGAGCAGCCCGCCUCCGAAGCGGAGUGGGCUGCCUGGCUCAAUGACCAGGCCGAUAAGGCCGCGAAGUUAGGAGCUCGCCUCCACGGCACCUCCACCUCCCUCGUCGCCGAUCUCGAGGACCGGCUCGCGAGGAUGAAGCAAUUUCUUCGAGGGGUCGCCCGCGUGCUGUGCACGGGCCCCACCCCGAAGCAGGAAUGGGCCGACCUGCGCAGGCCGCCCGCCUCUCGCGUGGCAGCCGCCAUGAUCGCCCACGAAUUCGUUGUGGUCGGCAG